AUGACCCAUACCCGCCGGUCAAAUCGCACCUCUGGUGCAAGGACGAAAUAUAUAGAAGACCCGUUCGUGGCGGCGGGCGUCAGUGACGAUGAUGAACUGGGCGGAUCGGAGGACGGUUCUUUAACCGCUGCUGCUACUGCAUCGUCGCAGAAGGGCAAGGGAAAGCAGACCGGGAAUGGCAAACGCGCAUCGACGGCUGCUCACGACGGGAGUUCGGAUGAGGAUUAUGCGAUGCCGGAUGCUGGGGAGGAUGAGGAUGAGGAGGAGGAGGAUGACCGAGGGAUUGCGGACGACGAUGACGAUGAAGACUCAGCCUCGGACGCCAGCGAGGCCUGGGGCAGUGGUCGCGGCCGCGGUCGUGCUACGAUCCGUAGAAAGUCACGCAAAGGUGCUACUACUACCACUUCUGCAGCUGCCACCCCGGCUGGCGCGAAUGCGCGUGCGGGUGCAGCGUUUGCGACGACGACGACGACGACGCCAAAAACCCACCCGCGGACGCCUAAGCGACGGCAUCCGGAUGGGAGUUUGUUGUUGGCCGGUGAUGAAACACAUUCGCGCGGCUCGUUCAAUCCCAUCGAACAUGUCGGCAAGGCGGUGCAUCUGCGGCUCAUGUUCGGGACGGACGACCGCGAUCUUUUGGCAAUGAUCUACGCGCGCGAGCGGUGGGGUGGCGGGGUCGAAUCGACGUUUCCGACCCGCGAGGCGCUGGAGCGCGGUGGGCAGCUGGCGGACUAUGGGUAUGGGUCGACAUUUGGGGCGGAGCCGGAGGUUGUCUCGAGGGAGAGGGUGCAUGGUUGGGACUGGUAUUAUACGCCUGUGACGCGGGAGCGGUUCGGGGCCAGGCAACAACUUCAGAAGCUGGGGGAGGCGGCGGCGCGUCGGAAGUAUCUGCCUCGGUUUAGGGGGCAGCAUACUGUGCUUAUGGGCCCGGUGGACGAGCAGAAGGAGUUUACGCUGGGCCAGCAUGAGGUGCUCGAUUUCGGCCAGGCGUGGGGCGAGAAGAAGACCAAGGCUGCUGCUGGUAGUGGAAAGAUCCGCGAGGGCUGGCUCUUGAACUUCGGGCACAAAGUUCAAUGUCUGGCUUGGGUGCCGAAUCAGACUGGGUCGACGCAGUAUCUGUCGGUGGUCGCCCCGAUCCUACCGGACCAGAAAGCCGAGGUUCCUGAUCCGCUGAAGGAUCAGGCCGCCCCAGCGUUCAGGCCCUCGGCGCCUUAUCCCUGUGCCCUGCAGAUAUGGUCGUUUGAGGCUCAAGAUUCUGAUACACUGACGAAGAAGAUCGAUAUGAGCUCGAAGCCCCAAUUGCGCCUCGCGCUAUGUACAGAUUGGGGUGAUCUGAGGCGGCUGGCCUGGUGUCCUAUGCCUCGCGAUUGGCGAGACCAAGACGAUCAGGAUGAGCGCAAGUCUCUCGGUCUUCUAGCGGGCAUCUGGACGGAUGGUUAUUUGCGGGUCAUUGACGUGAAGAUUGGCCGCAACGCUAAAAAGGCGGAAUUCUACCAGGUACAUUCUACUGUUUUCGAGGCGAAGCCACCAUCGACGGUAUGUACGUGCGUGGCCUGGCUCUCGCCAAGCGAUAUCGCUGUCGGCUGUGCCAAUGGGUAUGUCGCGAUUUGGAGUAUCGCGCCGUCGUCGAGCUCGUCCUCCGACUCCCUCCCUUACUUCUACCAAGCGCUCCACUCCACCUGGGUCCUCAACAUCGUGUCAGCGUAUCCGACUUACCCCCAUCUCAUAGGCACCACGUCCAUGGACGGCGAUACCCGGCUCACCUCGGUCAUCGACCCGCCCAAGGACCAGGUGUACACAAACCGCAUGCGGGUGGGCUCGAAUAACCUCUCGUACUGCGCGCCACUGCAAUCCUUCCUCUCGAGCGACGAGAACGACUUUGCCCGCCUGCUCGCAGUCCGGCGCUUCUACACCUCCACCGCCGUUGCCCGCCUGCCAAGUCCCAUCUCGACGGUGGCGCCGUGCAGCACCUGGCAUCCCAGCGUCCUGUUCGGCUGCGUCGGCGGCACCGUGCAAGCAACAAACCCGCUCCGGCGCGUGCUGCACUCCAAGGAGAAACAGUGGCAACAGAACUGGUUCCAGCACGAGUGGGUGCGGGGACCGCCGCACCAACACGACACCAAUGGCACGGGAGUCAGCCGGUUCUACGACGGAUAUCGCGCCGAGAGCGUCAGUCUGCUGCGCAAUUUGAUCGGCGAUCGCAAGUUGGUCAACGGGAUGGCGAUGAUCACGAUCUACGAGGAGGAAACUCACGUCACUGCGCUGUCGUGGAACCCCAACCAAGCGUGUGCAGGGUGGGCCGCCGCGGGCUUGGGGUGUGGCUUAGUCCGAGUCGAGGACUUGACCAUGUGUUGA